CCGUCCCCGGAAUGGAGCGCCGUCGGUGGGCGUGCCGGCUUCCUCGUCCGCCCUGGUUUGGAGCUCCUCGUCUCGUGAGACAGUGUAGGCGUGGGACUCUGAGUUCAGCCUGAUUCGACCGGUUGCUACAUCGGGAGAGAGAAAGUGCUGGGACACAUGGAAGACAGGGACAGAAAAUCCUCCAGGCUGUUGUUAGUUGUCAUACCUCGCAUGAGCAGCAGGUGGGGAGGUCUUGGACGUGACCCCCACACUGAGCCGACCCAGUAGAAACCAGUAGAGUCCAGUGAGGGCCCGGCUGCAUCAGCAGAAAUGGCUCCGGCCGCCAUGUCUGCACCUCCAUCCUCUCCCGCCACCCGCCUCUCCUCAUCCCUCCUCUUCUUCUCCCUCUCUUUCCUCCUGCUCCUGUCGUGUCCCGCAUCGGUCCAUGCGGGUUCAGAGGAGAAAAACUGCUCAUCGAGUGGAGACGCCUGUCAGGAAGGAGUGGUGCUGCCCGUGUGGAACCCUCAGAACCCCUCUGUAGGGGACAAAGUGGCCCGGGCCAUUGUUUACUUCGUAGCGCUCAUCUACAUGUUCCUGGGCAUGAGCAUCAUAGCCGACCGGUUCAUGUCGUCUAUAGAGGUCAUAACCUCCCAGGAGAAAGAGAUCACCAUUAAGAGGCCAAACGGUGAGACGACCACGACCACGGUCAGGAUCUGGAACGAGACCGUCUCUAAUCUCACUCUAAUGGCCUUGGGUUCUAGCGCCCCAGAGAUCCUGCUGUCCGUUAUUGAGGUGUGCGGUCACGAUUUCGAGGCCGGUUCCCUGGGUCCCAGCACCAUCGUGGGCAGUGCUGCCUUCAACAUGUUCGUCAUCAUCGCCCUGUGUGUGUACGUGGUUCCCGACGGAGAGACGCGCAAAAUCAAACACCUUCGGGUGUUUUUCGUCACGGCAGCGUGGAGCAUCUUUGCCUACAUCUGGCUCUACUUGAUUCUGAAUGUCUUCUCACCUGGGGAGGUGGAGGUUUGGGAGGCCGUGCUGACCUUCCUCUACUUCCCACUCUGCGUGGUCCAGGCCUGGGUGGCCGACCGGCGUCUCCUCAUCUACAAGUACGUCCGCAAGCGCUACCGUGCCGACAAGAACCGCGGCAUCAUCAUCGAGACGGAGGGCAGUGCAGACGAAGGGAUCAGGGGCGUGGACGGAGGAGGUGGAGCGCUGGGUCCAGGUGGGUUCACCAAGAUGGACAUGCUGGAGCUGGACGGACAGAUGGCGCUGAACUGUCACGGUGGGAUGGACGGAGGGAUGAGGGAGGAGGGAAGAGCGAAGGACGAGGAGGACGAGGCCAGGAGGGACAUGGCGAAGACGCUGAAGGAGCUGAAGCAGAGGCACCCGGAUAAAGACAUGGAGCAGCUAAUUGAGAUGGCUAAUUAUCAGGUCCUGAUGCAGCAGCAGAAGAGCAGGGCGUUCUAUCGUAUCCAGGCAACCAGGAUGAUGAUUGGAGCCGGCAACAUCCUCAAGAAGCACGCCGCCGACCAGGCUCGCAAGGUGGUGAGCAGCCAUGAGACCCAAGCCCAGGAGGACGACCCUCACACCAUCAGGUUGGAUUUUGAACCCGCGUUGUACCAGUGCUUCGAAAACUGUGGCUCCCUGAAGCUGACCGUCGGCAGACACGGAGGAGACCCCGGAGUUACCGUCAAGGUGGAUUAUCGCACAGAGGACGGUACAGCAAACGCAGGUUCAGAUUAUGAGUUCGCAGAGGGAACACUGAUGUUUAAGCCUGGAGAGACCCUCAAAGAGAUCACAGUCGGAGUGAUUGAUGACGACAUCUUUGAGGAGGAUGAGUAUUUCUACGUCCACCUCAGUAACCCUCGAUUGGUUGGUUAUCCUGAGAUCGGCACCGCCCCUCUGGAUACCAGUGUCACCCCUAAAGCUGUGCUGGGCGACAACCACACAGCCACAGUGACCAUCUAUGAUGACGAUCACGCAGGUAUCUUUACCUUUGAGUGUGCCAGUCAGAGAGUGAGCGAGAGCAUAGGUGUGAUGGAGGUGAAGGUGCUCAGGACUUCAGGGGCCCGGGGCCUCGUAGCCGUCCCCUAUCGGACAGUGGAUGGCACUGCCAGAGGAGGGGAGGACUACGAACUGUCAUCUGGCAAGCUGGAGUUUCAGAAUGACGAGACCAUGAAGAUCAUCGAGGUGAAGAUUAUUGAUGAUGAAGAGUAUGAGAAGAAUAAGUCUUUCACCAUCGAGCUGGGAGAGCCGGUCCUGUUGGAGAUAGGACAGAAGCACGGUGACUCCAAUGAGAACAAGCCAUUAGUGGGAGCAGAGGACGAGGAGGUGGCGAAGAUGGGCUGUCCCAGUCUGGGUGAACACACACAAGUAGAAGUGAUCAUAGAGGAGUCCUACGAGUUCAAGAGAGCAGUAAAUACACUUUUGAGAAGAGCUGAAGAGAGUACGGUAGAUAAGCUGAUCAAGAAGACAAACCUGGCCUUGGUGGUGGGAAGCAGCAGCUGGAGGGAGCAGUUUGUCAAUGCCGUUACUGUCAGUGCAGGAGAUGACGACGAGGAGGAGAGCGGCGAGGAGCGGCUGCCAUCCUGCUUCGACUACAUCAUGCACUUCCUCACCGUCUUCUGGAAGGUGCUGUUCGCCUUCGUCCCGCCCACUGAGUACUGGAACGGCUGGGCCUGCUUCAUCGUCUCGAUAUCACUUAUCGGCGGCCUGACGGCAGUCACCGGCGAUCUGGCGUCGCACUUCGGCUGCACGAUAGGACUGAAGGAUUCUGUGACCGCCGUGGUGUUUGUGGCGCUGGGAACAUCAGUGCCAGACACAUUCGCCAGCAAAGUCGCCGCCAUCCAGGACCAGUAUGCCGACGCCUCCAUCGGCAACGUCACAGGCUCCAACGCCGUCAACGUCUUCCUGGGCAUCGGCGUGGCGUGGACCCUCGCGGCCGUCGUCUGGCGCUUCAGGGGCAAACCGUUCAGGGUGGACCCGGGGAACCUGGCCUUUUCCGUCACCCUCUUCACCGUCAUGGCCGUGGUUUGCGUGAUGAUACUGCUGUACCGGCGGCGGGCAUCGGUGGCCGGCGGGGAGCUGGGCGGGCCGCGGACUUGCAAGUUGGUCACGUCGCUAGUAUUCUUCUCGAUGUGGCUCAUUUACAUCCUGCUGGCUUCGCUGGAGGCCUACUGCCAUUUACCGCAGUUUUAAACGGAGAGGAGAGGGGGGAGGGAGAGAGACCCACUGCCAAUAUGAAGAGAGAGAGAGAGAGAGAGAAGGAGGGAGGAAGGAAUGUUCAAACACAGGAAGGAAAUAGAGCUGGUUAUGGGAUGGUAGUUUUUAUAGAAUUAGCAGAUCUACACAUUUCCUUUUGAAUAGAUUUGAGAGUAAACCUUCAUUAAAAACUCCUGAGAAUGUCCAAACUAAAUAUUGUUGUUAGCAUAACAACCUCUUUUAGACAUGGAGACCCAACCCAAACUUCCAGGAUACAUCGACCCUCUAAAUUAAAAAGGAUUAAAGCAUUGAUAUUAAAUCGUGAUGCAGGUUUUAAAGAUCACUUCCAGUAUACUGCCAAACCGGGGGAAGAGAGGCAACAAAACUAAAUCAAAUUGAAAGUCUAUACAACAUGAAUGGAGAGAUGAGAGAAAAGAAGAAUAGAUUGGCAAGAAUACUCUACACCCCCCUCCUCACUUACUCUCGCUCCCUGUGUCGUAACUGUGUCUCCUUGUUGCGGGAACAGUUGGAUUCUCCCAUGAUGCCCACUAAAAUCCAGUUCUAUCAGUGACUUAUGACUUUGAACCUCUCCUCUGCCCACACACACACACACACACACGCACACACACACACACACACGCACACACAAACACAAACACAAACACACACAAUUAUACAGACACUGAUUCUGCAACAGAAGACAACUUGAAAACUGACAACCUUUUGUUUUUCUUUAUUCCAUCUCUUCUUGAAUACACUGUGCUUCAUCCCACAAACACACACACACACACACACACACACAGUACACUCCCAUCCCUCCUCACCGACAAACACCCACAAACGCAGACUCUACACACUCCUCCACCCCUCCCUCUUGCCUUACUCUUACCUCCCCCUGUAGGAUCUUGUCUUAAAGUUGUGAUAAUGAAACGCCGUAGUCACCACGCACCGAGCCUCUUUUUUAAUCGAGCCAAUCCGAGCCCCCUCCCCUCUUAACGCGCAACCAUCUCGUUAACAGAAAUGA